CGCAGCAACCGUGCAACACUUGCUUUCUCUCCGUGCUCACUCUACCCAUUAGCUUCCCCUCAACAUUUCCUUUCCCAGCCUGCAUCUGUUCAACCAUGGGGUCGGAACGCGAGGAUCAGGUUUACCUUGCCAAGCUUGCUGAGCAGGCUGAACGUUAUGACGAGAUGGUGGAGGCUAUUGAGAAGGUUGCGAAGCUCGCUGACUCCGUGGAACUUUCGGUUGAGGAGCGCAAUCUCCUCUCGGUAGCAUUUAAGAAUGUCGUCGGAGCUCGCCGUGCUUCAUGGCGCAUCGUCUCUUCGAUUGAGCAAAAAGAGGAAAGCAGGGGCCACGAGGACCGUGUUGCUAUUAUUAAGGAGUACCGUGCGAAGAUUGAGAAGGAGCUAGACGAGAUCUGUGGACGCAUUCUUGCAUUGUUGGACACACAUCUUAUCCCUGCAUCGACUUCGGCUGAGGCAAAGGUCUUCUACCUGAAGAUGAAGGGUGAUUAUCACCGUUAUCUUGCGGAGUUCAAAUCAGGAGCAGAUCGCAAGGACGCUGCCGAAGCCACUCUGGCGGCUUACAAGGCGGCUCAGGAUACUGCAAAUGCUGAUCUCGCCACUACUCAUCCGAUUCGCCUGGGUCUGGCUCUCAACUUCUCCGUCUUUUACUACGAGAUUCUUAACUCUCCGGAGCGCGCGUGCACGCUUGCUAAGCAGGCUUUUGAUGAAGCGAUUGCGGAGCUUGACACGCUGGGUGAGGACUCUUACAAGGAUAGCACACUCAUCAUGCAAUUGCUCCGGGACAACCUCACUCUCUGGACCUCGGAUAUGCAGGAUGAAGCAGCAGAGGAGAAGCCUGAUGAUGCGUAAGGUCCAUGUGGGAAGCCAGGACAGGAGGCUGAUGUGUGGUGUCCAGCGGGUGGCACGGUAGUUCAAUGGUGUGGUGGCACUAUGGUAGUUAUUCUUCGGUAGGCUAGUAGCUUAUUAGGACUCGGUUGCAAGCGUGUUCGUACUUGUGGGAUUAUUGCUUCCAGACUAAUUGCUGCUACUUCUGGAUUGACGCAUUGAGUGGACCAUUUACGCCUCUUCUUUUUAAGUA